AGGACCCUCCAUUCAGAGAUGACCCGAUGACCUCAUCUACAAACCUGAGACAAAGAUGGAAAAAUCAAGGCGGCGCACUAUGUUGCAACGAAAAGAAGUCAAAAAAGAGGAGUCAGAAGAAGUGAAAGAAGGAAACAGCAUUAAAAAAGAAGAAUCAACUGAGAUGGGUGUGCAGAUUGAGGAUGAAGUGGGUGAUAACUCAGAGCCAACCAGGAAGCGAGGUAGACAGCACAAAGAUGACAAAGCCCCUCGGCAGCCAAAGCGAAGGAAAAAGCCCCCAGUGCAGUAUGUCCGCUGUGAAAUGGAAGGCUGUGGUACUGUCUUAGCCCACCCGCGCUACCUACAGCACCAUAUAAAAUACCAGCACUUGCUAAAAAAGAAGUAUGUGUGUGAUCACCCUUCAUGUGGGCGCUUGUUUCGUCUGCAGAAGCAGCUGUUGCGCCACGCGAAACACCACACAGAUCAAAGGGACUACAUCUGUGAGUACUGUGCUCGUGCCUUCAAGAGCUCCCAUAACCUUGCUGUGCACAGGAUGAUCCACACAGGAGAGAAGCCAAUUCA